CUGACUCCCGCCCCUCCAGGUCAUCGUCCUCCUGUUGCUCCCAGUCAGACUCUAUCAGCCCUCUGAGGUUCUUCAGGCCGAGUUCUGUCUGUCAUGUUCUGGUGUUUCCGUCUGGUUCUGGGCCACCUGCUGCUCCAGCAGGCCGCCGCUCACGUGUUCCUGGACGGCCCGGCAGCGAGCCAGGUUCUGAUCCGAUCCAGGAGAGCCAACAGCUUCCUGGAGGAGAUGAAACAAGGAAACAUGGAGAGAGAAUGCAUGGAGGAGAUCUGCGACUGGGAGGAAGCCCGGGAGAUCUUUGAAGACACAGAGAAGACGAAUGACUUCUGGGCCAAAUAUGUGGAUGGCGACGCCUGCGAGUCGCAGCCGUGUGCUAAUGGGGGACUCUGCAAAGACGGGAUUGGAACCUACAACUGCUCCUGCCAGCAGGGCUACAAGGGCUUCAACUGCCAAGUCGUUAUUCCUGUACUCUGCGAGAACAACAACGGCGGCUGUGAACAUUUCUGCAACGUGGUCCAAGGCAGCGUCCAGUGUUCCUGCGCUGAUGGAUACUUCCUAGCAUCGGACAAUAAAUCCUGCAACUCCAAUGAGAAAUUCAAAUGUGGUGCCCUCAUCACGGAAAACGUCCGAAGCGUCUUCAAGUACAAGGGGAAGAUGACGGCCAAUGUGAUGGAGGAGAACGUGACGGUGGAGAACAUGACAAUGGAGAACGUGACGGUGGAGAACAUGACGGGUCUGAACGCUACCGUCAACGGCACCGAGCAGCGAGACGUUCUGGACGUUCUGUCCUCAGCAGAGAUGGUCUUACCGAGAGUCACCGAGCAGACGAUCAUCUCUCAGAUUCCCGGAAUGAAUCGCAUUGUCAACGGAGAGGACUGUCCACCUGGAGAAUGUCCAUGGCAGGCUCUGCUCCUCAACGAGGACGACCAGGGGUUCUGUGGUGGAACGAUCCUCAACGAAUACAUCAUCCUGACCGCCGCCCACUGCGUGAACAAAUCACGGUACAUCUAUGUCAAGCUUGGUGAGUUCGACACGUUGGUGAAUGAUGGCAACGAAGUCACCCACACGGUGGAGACCAUCGUGACCCACCUCAGGUACCAACCCAACACCUACCACAACGACAUCGCCCUCAUCAAACUGGCCACGCCCAUAAAGUUCAGCAGGUACAUCCUGCCGGCCUGCUUACCUGAGCAGGACUUCGCCGAAAAGGUCCUGAUGAAUCAGCCCGAUGGGAUAGUCAGCGGUUUUGGGCGUCUGCGUGAAGGUCGGCAGACGUCCACCAUCCUGCAGCGCCUCACGGUUCCAUACGUCGAUCGACGGAUCUGCUUAGAGUCCACGGCUCUGAGGAUCUCCACCCGCAUGUUCUGCGCCGGGUAUGACUCCAUCGCCAAGGAUGCCUGUCAGGGUGACGGCGGUGGACCGCACGUCACACGCUACCGGGACACCUACUUCGUGACGGGCAUCGUGAGCUGGGGCGAAGGCUGUGCCCGCAGGGGGAAGUACGGCAUCUACACCCAGGUGUCCAAGUUCACCCGCUGGAUCCGAGAGGGCAUCAACCGGCUGGUUCCCCAGGACAAGAACGGAGCCCGCAGGAAGAGGAACCAUGGCGCCAUCAAGAGGCUGGUCAUGUGACACGCCUGGAACACACCUGUAACAUGUCUGUAAUACUCUGUAAUACUCUAUAAUGCCUGUAACACAUCUAUUACAACACGCUUAUAACACAUCUAGUACAUGUCUGUAACAUAUCUAGUACAACAUGUCUGUAACACAGCUACUACAACACACCUGUAACAUGUCUGUAAUACUCUGUAAUGCCUGUAACGCCUGUAACACGUCUACUACAACACACGCAACACAUGUAUUACAUGCCUGUCACAUGUCUACUACAACAUGCCUGUAACAUGUCUACUACAACACACCUUUAGCAUGUCUCCUGCAACACAUGUAACACGUCUACUACACGCCUGUAACACGUCAGUACAGCUGCAGGACAGAUCAUAUCUGAAUCACAGAACCAAUGUUGACUUUGGUCCAGUCAGCAGCUGGUGAAGUUCUCCAGGUUCUUCUCUGGGUUCUUGACAUGUUCUACGUGGUUCUUGAUAUGUUCUACGUGGUUCUUGACAUGUUCUACGUGGUUCUUGAUAUGUUCUACGUGGUUCUUGACAUGUUCUACGUGGUUCUUGACGUGAGGCAGCAGAACUGUCGGUGAAAACAUCUGGAGAAGAAUCUGUUUCCUCAUCAAGCAGAAAAAAAUGGGCAAACUGUUUAUUUUAAAACAUGAAACCAGUCUGUUGUUUCUUCAACCAGAACCGGUUCUUGGCUCUAGUUUGAGAUGUCUGACGGUGAAUAUGUUCUACUUCCACAUAUUUCAUCACAUGUUAAACUGAAUCCAGCAGCUUCCAGUAGAACUUAGUUUCAUCUUUAAUCUUCUGUCAACCAAACGCCUGUUUGUUGUGUUUUUUCUUUCAUUUUUGCCUGAAAUGAACUGAAUAUGAAAAUAAAGACAGACAGUGAGAACCAAA